AUGGCAACUCAAGUGGCAGAGUCUCAAGGGAUUCAGUCUUACAGAGAAAAGGCAGAGAUAUACCAUGGGGUAGCUCUCUGCAAGCAGAAAACUCGUGAACUGUUAGAGGGGAUCUCUCUCCCUAAAGGCCUCCUUCCACUGGACAUCGAAGAGAUGGGGCAUGACCCUUCAUCUGGCUUUGUUUGGAUGAAGCAGAAGAGCAAGAAAGAGCAUAAGUUCAAGCGAAUCAACAAGGUCGUCUCUUAUGAUGCAGAGGUCACCGUGUUUGCAGAGAAAGGCAGGCUGAGGAAACUUACUGGUGUGAAGAGCAAGGAGAUGCUGAUUUGGGUUGCACUUUCCGAUAUCUAUCUUGAAAAUCCUUCUUCAGACAAGCUUGUGUUUGGGAUCCCCAGUGGCUUGACUCGGACGUAUCCAGCUUCAGCUUUUGAGCUCGAAGAAGACAAGGCUGAUGGUCAGAAGAACAAGAACUAA